ACGGCGGCGCGGGGCACGCUGGGAGUGCUCACCGGGAGCCCCGUCGGUGGUGCGGGAGCUGCGCUCCGCCGCACGGCAGCGGAGGGAUGUGGUACGAGAUCCUGCCCGGUAUGGCCCUCAUGGGUGUCUGCCUCGCCAUCCCCGGCCUGUCCACCAUGUACAUGCACCGCUGGAGCAACGGCGGCAAGGAGAAGAGGAUCGCCCGCUAUCCCUACCAGUGGGCGCUGAUGGAGAGAGACAGGCGGCUGUCGGGGGUCAACAAGUACUACGUGUCCAAGGGUCUGGAGAACAUAGACUAAGGUGAUGGAUCUUCUGAAGAAUGAUUUAACUCUAAUAAAGACAUAUAUGUAUGCAAACCUUG